AUGUCCACGCUUACGGACUUCGAGUCUGUAGAUGGUGCGGAUUUGCAGCCAGUUCGCAAUCCUCUGGCUAUUGAGAUACCAUCCGGAGGAAUACAAGGUCGCCCCUCCCCCUUGCCUGACACCGUGUCCUCGUUCCUUCAAGUCGUGUUAUCCCUGACACGGAGGAUGAGAGGCGACGAGUAUCUGACGGAGCUGCAGUGUCUGCGCACGCUGAUCGAUGAAACUAUACCUUGUGGUAGCGGUAAACCGCUAUCUCAUCGGGAUGCCGUACGGUCGGAGCCGUCGCUGGUAUCUGGCUGGCUCUCGUCAGCUCAGACGGCCGGCACCAUCCUGUCGAACGGCCUCUCGAGCGGGAGCAGCGUGGCACCUGUAGCCCGUGUAACCCGUGAGGAACUCCAGCUGAUCAUCCGUAGCACUGAUCGCGGCCUGGUUGACCCUCUUCGAUGUCGUGAGGACGUACUCCUUGAGCGCGCCAAUCGAAGCAUCAAGGACGCAUUCGCUGAAAUGAUGACCGAGGAGUCUCCUUUCCGCCUCUCUGCUUAG